CAAAGGUCACAAUGGCUGCGCCCACGAAUUGGGAUUCGCCAAUGCUUUCUUACUAUCAAACUAUGUCAGUGCAGUGAAUUGAACGUGCUGAGUAGGAAUAUUGCAUUGUUGGAUAGAAAAUAUUAAUGCACGGGACAGGGACUAAGAAAAAAGAGGAUCGACAAUUUAUUAAACACUGGUAUUAUACUUAUGACCAUUAUCCAGUCAUCUCCAACAUAUAUACAACAUUCAACAUGUUCAAUGAGAAUAAUCAUGCAUAGGGCACGUUUCAGUUUUUUUCUGAUAUCAUUUUUAGAAGGAAAAUGUUGAAUAUCUGUGUAACAGUUUUGUGUGGUAUUCCUGGAAGUGGAAAGUCUACAUUUGCAAAAUCCCUGAUCGAUAAAUCCACUGUGGCUAGCCAGGGUUACUGGGGAGAAUCCAAAUCUUCACAUUGGCUGUUGGUGUCAUAUGAUGAAAUUAUCCCAACAGAUGUAGAGAAAAAUAUUAUUGAAAAAGAGAUGCCAAAUGCCUGGAAAGAAUGCAGAGAAAACAUUCAGAAUGCGGUGGAUAAUCUUGUUAGGGAACUAAAAAAUGAAACUGAAGCAUCAGAGACAUUGAAAAUAGGGGCAGAGAAUAAGGACUGUCAUUUUGAAAGUUUCCAAAUGUUUUUACAAAACAUGAGACACCGAGAAAGUGGCAAAGUAGUGAUAUUGAUCGAUGACAAUAUGUAUUAUAGCAGCAUGAGAUACAAGUAUUAUCAACUUACACGAAAAUAUAGCAUCAGUUUCUGUCAGGUACACAUAGACUGCGAUACAGAGACAGCCUUGAUCAGAAACAGGGAGCGCCGAAUACGGCCGGUCCCAGAUGACGUCAUCCUGAAUAUGGCAGCUCGGUUUGAAGUCCCUAACCCAGACCAAAAUGUUUGGGAAAAGCAUUCCAUAUCAGUAACCACUAACUCCAGUCCAAGGGCAUUAGAAAACUCAGUGAUUCAGACCAUGGAUCUUAUAACAAGGGCUCUGUCAGCGCCAUCAAAACCCGUGUUAAAUGAUGUGGAUCAAACUUCCAGAGGGGUGGACAGACAGAUCUGCAGCGAGAACAUGAUACAUCAGGCAGACCUUCUGAUGAGGAAACUGACCGCUGAAUACAUGAAGGAGGCUAGUCGUAACACAAGAAGUAAAGACCACAUGAGAACAUUGUCAACAUGUUUAAGUGACAGUAAAUGUGACAUCUUGCAAAAAAUGAAGAAAGGUGUUGUGUAUUUUCACUCCUCGGAAGAUUUAAUCAGCAAACUGAGUGAUAUUUUUCGUGAUAAAAUUGUGGUAGCAGGUUAUGGAGAUUUUUCACAUUGAAUUCCAUGAGAAAAUUAAAUCAUCAGUGAAUUGACUGUAAAUGUACCGGUAUGUGCAAUAUUCAUAUAAUAAAUUAUUUUACUCCUUUUAGGUUUUCUGU